AUGUUUGUUGUUCGAAGAUCUAUCGUCUUUCAGCAAUCUAGAAGGCAAUUUUCAGGUUCAAUAGCUUGGUUACAAGCUUGUAGUUCAUGUGGCAUUAAAUUGCAAUCUAAGAAUCCAGCUUUGAUUGGGUACUACACGAAACCUAAGCCUCUAGAAGUUGGAAAGGUUGAGACUUUGGAGGAUGUGAAAUAUAUGCUUUUUAGUCAGGAUAUACAAAAAAUUAAGGAAAUUGAAGAUGGAACUACAUUGGAAGACGAAAAAAAUCGUAUACCCCAUUCACUGAUUUGUAAACGUUGUUCAGAUGCGGUGCAUCAAAAUAAGUACGAUGUAAUGGAUUUCAAGAACUGUUCAUUAAAGGAAGUUAUACGAUCUGUUCCCAAUGAUAAGCCGAUUGUAAGCAUUGCAUCAUUACCAGAAUUCCCAUUUCAUGUAAAUAAAAAUAUCCUAGAAAAUGAAAAAGAAUCAGUAUUAGUCUUUACUAAGGCAGAUCAGGUUCUCAAAACAAGCAGUGCUACUUCCACAAGAUUACCGAUUUUCUUUAAGGAUUACUUUAAAUACCAUCUAGGCUUGCAAGUUAACAAAGUACUAGCUGUCUCGAGUUUGAAAAAAUGGAACUUAUCUGGCUUAUUAUCGAACCUGAGGAACAAUUCAUACUUUCUUGGAAAUCCAAACGUUGGUAAAUCUACUUUGAUGAACUCAUUGAUUCAAAGAUAUAAUGGUACCAAGCUGGAUUUUAACAGUAAUAUCAGUGACGAUAUGGUUAACGACGCCCAACAUAAACAUUUAAGAAAAGCUCAGCUAGCAGGUGUUUCUCAUAUACCAAAUCUUACAAGGGAGUGCCAAGGAUACCAAGUUGAUAAGAAGCGUAUCUAUGAUCUACCAGGUUAUAGUGAAAAUGUAGAUGAGCUACCACUUGAAAGAAUAGUUAAGUCUAACUGGUUAGAAUGGGUCAGAAAAACCAAUUUAUUCGACACUAAAAAAGUAAAGAAAAAACCAUAUAUAACCAUAAAAGGUACUGAAAAUGGUAGAUGUUAUACCAUUGGUGGUCUAUUUUUUUUACAGCCUCCACCGUAUUCAAUAAAUCAGAUUAUUAAAUUCAUUCCUGGUGAACCAUAUAUUUUCAAGAAUGUAACAAGAGCUUUAGAAACUUUCAAAUCAGUAUAUGGCAACGAUACUCCUCAUCCAUUGGAAAAAUACUGUGGUAUAAAUGAUGAAUAUUGUGACAUUACUAAAUAUCAAAGACAUGUAAUCCCUCCAUUUCAAGGCAGUAUCGAAAUUGUGUUCAAAGAUAUAGGUUACAUCUUAUUAAGAUCCACCGGUAGAUAUUCAUUCAAUGGUCUAUACGAGAUUUGGGUACCUAAGGGAAUCUCAGUGUGCAUUAGAGAACCUCUAGAGAAACUAAUUGAAGAAGGUUAUGUCCAAUAUACGGAAUCAAAGAAUAAAAUUUCAAGUUGUCCCAAAGGAAGACCAUUAGUAAGUUCGACAUAUAUAAUGGACCCUAAUGAAGAAGAUACAUUUGCUAAAAUAAGAGAAAUGUAUUUAGACCGUACUGAAAAUGAAAUAUCUGUUAGAAGACUAGUAAAAGAAGACCCACUAGAAGUUGUUAGCAAUAAACAUGAUACUCCACCGAACUUAUACUGGCAUUACAAAUGGUGA